GUUAAAGGACAAGCAUAUCUUGUGUUCAAUAAACGUACUAAAAGGGUUGAAGAAUCUUUCCGUGUAAUUUUCAACGAUUCUCACUCUAGUUGCAAGCAAUCUGUGUAGGAAAAUCAGGAGUAUGACCUGCUGGAAAUGACUCACAAGAUAUCGGAGGAACCUGAGCAUCCAGAGGAAGCUGAUGUAAUAGUAGGACAACCCUCAGAUGCCAACAACACUGAACCAAUCACUACUGUUGAGGAUGAAUCACUCAUCACUCCUCCUUCUGCGCCACCUCAUAUACAGAAACGUCACCCAGCAGAACAAAUCAUUGGCAACAUUAACGAUGGACUUCGCACCAGAGGUAAGUACAUUCCUGGACAGUAUGCAUAUGUGUCACAAUUUGAACCAAAAAAUUACAAGGAAGCGCUUAAAAAUGAUGAUUGGUUCUUUGCUAUGGUAGAUGAACUAAGUCAGUUCAAAACUCUGCAUGUUUGGGAUCUUGUUCCUCGUCCUUUAAAUCAAUCUGUGAUAGGAACCAAAUGGAUUUUGAGAAAUAAAUAUGAUGAAGAGGGUGUCAUUACUAGAAACAAAGCUAGACUAGUUGCCCAAGGGUACACACAGGAGGAAGGGGUUGACUAUGAUGAAACCUUUGCCCCUGUUGCUAGACUAGAAUCUAUUCGUCUCUUGUGUGCUUAUUCUUAUAUGGGGUUUCCUCUUUUCAAAUGGACGUCAAAAGUGAUUUUCUGAAUGGAGACAUUCAAGAGGAAGUAUAUGUCUCACAACUUCCAGGUUUUGAGGAUCAUCCGUAUCCAAACCAUGUCUAUAAACUUAGAAAAGCUCUGUAUGGUUUAAAACAAGCUCCUCGAGCUUGGUAUGAUAGACUAACAUCUUUUCUAUCACUACAACAAAUUCAGUCUAUUAUGACGAGGCAAUUUUGUCAUAUUAGAUACAUAUUUUGUCAUAUUAGGUAUAGUAUGACAAAAUGUGUUGUCACAAAGGUUUGUCAUUUUAUCGCCGUCAGGAUAGGUCAAAUGUGACAAAAAAUUAAAAUAAGGUUGUCACAUUUGUUGUCAAUAUAACUGAGGUUUUCGGUAGUAUAUUGUGACAAACAGAGAUGUUAUGACGACAUAUUUUGUCAUUACGGUUGUCAUAAAAGGCAACUAGGUUCAGCGACGGAGACUUUUUUUUGGAGUAAUUUAUAUAUUUUUCCUUUCAAUUUAUUUUUUCGGAUUUCAUUUUAGUAUAUUUCAGAAUUAAUUUUCUUGAAUACUUUUUUAGCUAUUCACAGUUUAUUUUUUGGUCCAGAUCUAAACGUCACCUCUUCAAAACCAAGAUUUUGCAUUCGGCCAAGAUUUAAUAAACUACCAAUCCCCUGUUUUAUAUUCACAUCCAAACUCCAGAUUGGCCAUUUAAAAACCUUAAUCUUUAUAAUCAGUUUGAAGAAAAGUACCCAACGCUUCAUCAAUCCAAAGCCUGCAAAAAAAAACCAAGUCAGAAUCAGUAAACAGAAUAAAAUAGAAGAGAAUCGUGAGCAUAUUGAGAGGAGAGACGUGGAAUUGGAAUGAAAUAGAAGAGAAGAGACGCAUAUUGACCGUUAUAGCCGAUACAGAGAGGAAGACCAGAUCUGUGUUUUGAUUUUUCGGUGAGAAACGAGAGGAGAAGGGGUCUGCAUGCGGCUAGGGUUUUCUAGCCAAUCGUUGCCAUCAUCGCCUGUCGAUCUCUCCGCCCUUCGCCUCUCGAUCUCUCCUCCCCUUGCGUCUCGAUCUCUCUGCCAUCGUCGCCGGAUCUCGCCAAUCGUUGCCCUCUCAAUCUCUCCACCAGUUUCGCUGGUUAUCGCCAGAGAAGGCAUCUACUGCGGGUUUUUUUUAGAGAGGAAGGAAGAGAUGAAGACUUCGUUUUCUUUAAGAGUAGAGAAGCAGAUGAAGGGUCGUUUUUUGGAGAGAACGAAGAAAGAAGAUAUGAAGGAAAGUUGAAAAGUGGGCAGAGGGGGUUGAUGUUUCAUCAUAAUAAAGAUAAUAAAGAAAAUACGUAUCCUUUAUCUUUCCUCUUUUCCAAAUUUUUUUGUCUCACACGAUUCCUAACUUUAUUUACAUCCGCAUUUACCUAAUAUAAUAAUAAUAAAGAAAAUAUGGGUUUUUUAUUAUGUCUUAUUUUUUUUUGUUUAUUCCCUUUAAUGUUUCCCCCCAAACGGGUUUCAUUGUGCCUAAUUUAAUUAUUAUUUCUACUUUUUUCUUCUCCUGACUAAUUUUCUUUCCUUAAAUAUGGGUCAUUUUAUUAUUAAAAAUGAAAAUUAUGUUCAUCUUCUAUUAUUGUGUCUAAUAUAAUUGAGUUUCUCAA